GACAUUAUAAUAAGGCAAGAACUUAGGUGGUGUCACAAGGACAAUUGUGUUGGGAAUUUUGGACUCUUUUUUAAUGAAAGAAGGGGGAAAAAAAGAGCAUCUGUUGCUUUAUUUGAUUGCCGUUUAGUGGAAUAAUUGUAAAUGAACUAUUUGUCUCCAUCGAUGAACCCAUAUGUUGUAUUCUCCGACAUUCCAUUCCAGCGGGUUCAACUAUGUGUUUACAGUUCACAUCUUUCAUUCCUUCUCUCUCAACACAUACACACACAAACAAUCCUAUGUUCGCCAUUAUCAAGAGAGACCCAGAAGCUUGUGCUGCUAGAAAUGGCUCGGUUGCUACUACAAGUUACUUCUCCAGCACCCACUAAUUUACAGAUGCGAAGCUCACCUUCACCAUAUUCUUCUGGUCUAUAUUUCUUCCUUGGAGGGCUGGUUAUUCUCGUGAUAUUAUUGGUUCUUAUUAUAGUGUUCUUGAAGUUUGUCAAACCAGCAGACGUGAUGAAAUUGUUAUCACGAUCUAAAAAAGAGAAAGGGAAAGAAUCCACUGAUGUUUUUAGUGGGAGCCUCCGGUCUGUAACUGUUUUAGACUUUCGGAAACUGAAAAAGGCAACUAAGAAUUUUCAUCCCAGUAACCUUCUUGGAAGUGGAGGAUUCGGGCCGGUCUAUCGGGGAAAAUUAGAAGAUGGAACACUGAUUGCUGUCAAGAAAUUGUCUGUUGAUAAAUCUCAACAAGGAGAUUUAGAAUUUCUUUCAGAGGUGAGGAUGAUUACGAGCAUACAGCACAGAAACCUGGUUCGCCUUAUUGGUUGUUGCUCGCAUGGUUCUCAACGACUAAUUGUGUACGAGUACAUGAAAAAUAGGAGCUUGGACCUCAUAGUAUACGGAAAAAUUGAUCAAUUCUUGGAUUGGACAACACGUUUCCAAAUAAUCUUAGGUAUUGCUCGAGGUCUUCAGUAUCUACAUGAGGAAUCACACCUGAGAAUAAUUCACAGAGAUAUAAAAGCGAGCAACAUUCUUCUUGAUGACAAAUUUCAACCAAGAAUCUCAGAUUUUGGGUUGGCUAGAUUCUUCCCUGAAGACCAAGCUUAUCUCAGCACUAAUUUAGCUGGAACACUAGGUUAUACAGCCCCUGAAUAUGCUCUACGAGGAGAACUAUCUGAAAAGGCUGAUAUUUAUAGCUUCGGAGUGCUUGUGCUUGAAAUCAUUGGCUGCAGGAGAAACACCGAUCUUUCUUUGCCAUCAGAAAUGCAAUAUCUACCAGAAUAUGCAUGGAAGUUGUAUGAAAGCUCAAAGGUUCUUGAUCUGCUAGACCCCAAACUGAAAGAAAAUGGGUAUUCGGAGAAACACGUCCUGCGAGCAAUUCACAUAGCUUUCUUAUGCCUCCAGCCUCACCCAAACUUGAGGCCGCCGAUGUCAGAGGUCGUUAGCUUGUUGACAUGUAAAGGUGAAAUGGUUGGAACACCAAUGAGACCGGUCUUCAUAGACCGAAGGCGCAAGAAGGAUGAGGUCUCCUGGGAGACUAUAACUGAGGUUUUCCCGUCUUUGCAUAGUGAGUCCCCCGCUUUACCUCGAGGACCGACUUGAGGCUAUGUUUCAUGCUUCUUGUGUCCUUUACAGCCAUAUGGUUCUUGCUUGUUUUGUUAUGCACUUUGAGCUUUUUGUAGAAAUAGUCAUGCUUUGAGUUCAAAGAAUGUUAACAGGAAGUGUGUAUAGUAGUAGGCUAGCUUGAUUGUUGUUGUUUCUUCCUUGUGAUUUUAUAAGCAACUCAAACAAUAGUGAGACAAUAUAUAAGAUUGUAAUAUUUCUACUUGCAUACCCCUAUCCCACAUAU